AUGACUGGCAUGAAUACUGAAAGGUUUUCCAGUCGAAAACUCAUCCAGGAGAGGAAAAGACCAUGGGGGCAGAGGUAUUGCCAGGGAGAUGAACAGAAUGACAACAGUGCAGAAGGAGGUCAAAACUUUGAUGCCUUGGAGGAAAGUUGGGAGCAGAAACAACUGCAAAUCAAGACUCUGGAGGGAGAAUUUGCCAUCACAAUGUGGUCUGCAGACGAAGAACAGAAAGUGAUCUCUGAAUCAAUGGUAGCAAAUGAAGAGCUCCCCGAAGAAGCUUUACCUUUGGAGAUACCUGAGAAUGUGGCCAGAAAGAAGAAGCCCAGUAGUGCUGAAGGAAUGACCCUCAUCAAUCUCUCUGAUCCCCAACAACUGGCUGAAUUUAUCCAUCAAAAUAAGCCACCUGGUGAAGUUGAGAAGAAGCUGCCUUGCCCUCAUGAAGAAUGUCCCAAGCUGUUCAGAGAUAAUUCUGCCCUGCGGAAACAUAUGCAUACCCAUGGUCCCAAGGGUCACAUCUGUGCCGAAUGCGGAAAGGCUUUUGUCGAGAGUUCCAAACUAAAGCGACAUAAGUUAGUUCAUACUGGAGAGAAGCCAUUUCAGUGCAUGUUUGAAGGUUGUGGGAAACGUUUCUCACUGGACUUCAAUCUACGCACACACAUGCGCAUCCAUACUGGAGAUCGGCCCUACGUGUGCCCCUUUGAUGGCUGUACCAAGAUGUUUGCCCAGUCAACCAACCUGAAAUCUCAUAUCCUGACCCAUGGCAAGUCAAAAUGCAACAAGUAAAGAGAAAAGAGAAAAAAGAUAUUGCCAUUUAAAGGAAUAUGAGUAGAUAUAAACAUAGGUUCCACUUGUAACAUUUAUAGAAGAGGAAUUUUCUAAACUGAAUCUCAUCCACGUGGUACUGUAGGUUCAGCUUUUCCAAGAGAAAACACUGGUUUCCCCCCCCCCCUCUCAUUUCUGCUCCCUCCUUCCCCUCCUCCAAAUUCCUUAUCACUAGCCAAUGUCCCAGUAAUUCAGGCUCAACCUUCCCUCCACAUUACCACCUCUCCAUCUCCCACCCCAUAUCCAAUUAGUGGUCAAGUUUUGUGGUCCCAUCUUUGUAAUCUCUCAUAUGGGUCCCUUUCUCUCCACCCUAGCUCAUGACUUGACCUUCUCUCCAUUAGACUUUGCAGUUGCGUCCUCAUUAAGUUCCCUGCUUCCAGUCUCUCCUUCCUUUGAACCCAGGCUAUUCCCUGUGCCUCAAGUGUUCUCCCUCCUUAAUCUCCUAUCAGAUUCCUUUCCUUAUCUCCCAAGUUGUAAUUUUCCCAAACCCAGUAGAUAUUAGUGUUUGCCAUUUGCUCAAGUUAUAACUUCUGUAUUUACUUGUUAUUUCCCCAAUGGAUUAUGAGCCUUUGGGGGCAGGGAUUGUUUUUGAAUUUGCCUCUGUGUGUGACAAUUUAUAGAUGACAAAUACUAAAUAA